AAAAUAAAAACUAAAAACUGUUUAUUUUGUGUUUUUAUUAAAAUGGGGAGUGGAGCUUCUAAAGUCACUCAACCGAAACCAAAAGUGACGUCAUCAAACUAUGACGUCACACCGAAAAGUUCUGACGUUCAGGAUAAACAUGCAAGCGGCGUGAACAAUAUGUACAUGCUGAAACGAAUGUUCAAACAAAUUGAUCCGGUUGUCAUGAAGUCAAACCACGGAAUCCAAGGAAAAAUAAACGCAGCUGUCAAAUAUGUUUCGGGGAAAUCGGUUUUGCUUGUUAAGGUGGUUUGUGCGCAAGACUUGGUGGCCAAAGAUCUUCGUGGCUCGGCUUCUGAUCCGUACAUUAAGGUCGGCAUCUACGUUGACGGUCACAUGAUUGACGAGAAAUCAACGUCAGUAAAGCGGAACACACGUGACCCGAUUUAUAACGAGGUUAUGAUGUAUGAGGUCACAAACGACAUGAUGACAUCACUUAAGAUAAGAAUGUCUGUUUGGUCGGACGAUGGUCUGGGUGAUGAUGACGUCAUAGGUGAACACGUCAUAGACGUCGCUGAGAUGGAUUGUUAUGACGUCAUAAUCAACAAAUGGUUCCAUCUCCAUCCGCAGACGGACUUCUCGAUCGGUGGUGACGUAACAAUCACGAUGACGUAUGUGAUGCCGCAGACGUUGUGUGUCGUCAUUAAUGACGUCACGAACCUACAUUGCAAGAACCAGAACCCAUCGUUAUUAAUCCGCGCUAUUAUUCCGGGAAUCCCCUUCGUUCACAAAACCACCACGAAAAUCCCCCACCAACAAGGAAAUGACGUCAUUUCGUGUGAUUGGAACGAAAGUUUUGAAUUUCCGGUUGCGAGAGGGGAACUCCCUAGCAGGUACGUCGUGCUGGUGGUUUGUGACGUCACAGAGGAUAAUUAUCUCGGUGAAUGUCAGAUUGAUCUUGACAAUUUCGAUUGUGACGUCGGUUAUUCCGGAACUUUUCGAUUGUCUGACAUGAGGGGCAACGCAAAGGUUCGAAGUCGAUGGAGUAGCGACGCCGUUAGUGAAGAACUUAAACAAGCCAUGGCGGCGCACGCGGUUUAUAAGAUGCCACAGUUUAUCUUUACAAGGGUCGGGGACAAUAAGGCAAUAUCGUUACGUGUCCCGAAAGUUGGAACAGAAUCGCGGAUCCGCGUCGUCAAUGGGAUUCUUGUCCGCUAGGUAGCAGCACACACCCCACCUUUUAGUUUUUAUGUUCCUGCACUUACCCGCACAAUAACUUUGUGAUAUUUAUGUCCUCGCACUUUCAUUCAUAAUUAAUAUUAAAUAAACUCUUCAGCACAAAA